UGUCAGUCCCGGAGCUAGCGCUGGUGGCGGGGCUCGCGGCCAGGCUGGCAGCCGCAGGUGGGGCUGCUUACGACGAGGGACCUAACUCGGGAGCCCCGGGGGCCCUGAGCCCUGCGGAGAGUAUCCAGGAUGCCCCGCGGGGAUUCGGAGCAGGUGCGCUACUGCGCGCGCCUCUCCUACCUCUGGCUCAAGUUCUCGCUGGUCAUCUAUUCCACGGUGUUCUGGCUGAUCGGGGGCCUGAUCCUGUCGGUGGGGAUCUACGCAGAAGUUGAGCGGCAGAAAUAUAAAACCCUUGAAAGUGCCUUUCUGGCCCCAGCCGUCAUCCUCAUCCUCCUGGGGGUCAUCAUGUUCAUUGUGUCCUUCAUCGGCGUGUUGGCUUCCCUCCGGGACAACCUGUGCCUUCUCCAAGCGUUCAUGUAUAUCCUUGGGAUUUGCCUCAUAAUUGAGCUCAUUGGUGGUGUGGUGGCCUUGAUCUUCCGGAACCAGACCAUCGACUUCUUGAAUGACAACAUUCGAAGAGGAAUCGAGAACUACUAUGACGAUCUGGACUUCAAAAACAUCAUGGACUUUGUUCAGAAGGAGUUUAAGUGCUGUGGCGGGGAAGACUACCGGGAUUGGAGCAAAAACCAGUACCACGACUGCAACGCCCCCGGACCCCUGGCCUGCGGGGUGCCUUACACCUGCUGCGUCAGAAACACGACAGAAGUUGUCAACACCAUGUGUGGCUACAGAACUAUUGACAAGGAGCGCCUCAGCGUGCAGAAUGUCAUCUACGUGCGAGGCUGCACCAACGCCGUGCUCAUCUGGUUCAUGGACAACUACACCAUCAUGGCGGGCCUCCUGCUGGGCAUCCUGCUCCCCCAGUUCCUGGGGGUGCUGCUGACAGUCCUGUACAUCACCCGGGUGGAGGACAUCAUCAUGGAGCACUCGGUCACUGACGGGCUCUUGGGGCCUGGUGCGAAGGCCAGCGUGGAGGCGGCAGGCACAGGCUGCUGCAUGUGCUACCCCAAUUAGCGCCCUCGUCGGGGGCGGCAGCUCCAGCAGGACCGCGCUGCGACAGCGCCAUUCAGGCCACAUCUUCGUGGCCGGAGAGGACUGCGGAUCUUUUCCGCAGACUUGGCACUGACCAAAGCCCCGGCUGUGUCUGCUCGGACCUCCCACGGCCACCGCCUCGCUUGGGAGCGGAGCCCCUUCUCGGCCCUGGGGUCCCGUGUCUGCCCGUACUCCGAGGCGUGGAGAACAAGAAUGUCCCUUCCUCAGGACUGAGCCGCCGGGAAAAGGGGGUGCUCAGCGCUCGGCUCAGGGCCCAUUGCGUUUCUGGCAGUGCUUUGGCCUGCGGUGUUUAUGCCCACUUGAGGGCAAUUUUGUAGUAAUUUGUGAGCGAGGAGGGAGGAGAGCAAGUGCGACUGGUGGUGGAGGGGUGGGUGGUCCCCAGGCCCCGCCCCCAGCCCCAGGGCCACACCCCCAAGGCCAGGUUGGGCCGGUUCCUCAGCCUCCCAUAAACCUUGAGCCCUCCCUAAGGCUGCUGCUUUGAUAGGGACGCCUGGGUGGCUCAGUCGGUUAAGCCUAAGGCUGCUGCUUUGCUGACCCCGUUUUUUACGUGAUUUUUGUAACAUUCAUUUUGUACACAGUUAACAGGAGUUUCUGACUAAUCGAAGCUGGGUGUGUCCCCACACAUCCCACUUUUGCCCCUCCAAUCCAGUUUAUUAAUCAAACAAUAAAAAUGUGAUUUUUU